UACCGUACCGUAGUGUAUAAUCGUAUUGUAUUCCACUGCUGGCACAUUCUGUAUGUAGUCAAUUCGUCCUUCUUUGAAGAGAAUUAUUAGCCUUUGCAGCGCAGCUUUCAAUGUUUUUCUACGCUGAUAAUGCGCAUACUCUACAUCCAUAUAGCCAGCAUAAGUAUUUCUAAAGCAGGGUGGCCAAGGGCACCGCGACCAUUGUUCAUUAUCCAUAUUUCAUACACUAGCAUGCUUACUGUAUUGCUCUCCACUAACGACACUGACUGUGUUGCUGGGAGAUAAUAGAAAACCACGUAAACCAGAUGGUAGAAAGUGCCUCAGUAAGACUGCCGUCUCAUUAUUCAUCUGUGUAUCACAUAAUCAAUGAUGCACCUUCAUCAGUGUCAGAAUACCUUAGCUUGAAGGGGCUGGACGCGAGGGGCGUCCCAUGUCACUUGGUUGAUUUGGUGAUCUGUUCGCCAACUGGGGGUUGCCCGAUCAACACACCACUGAACAAUUAGGUAGAUCUGGCUGGGAAUACUAAUACUUGUGCCGCAGGUAACGGAUACUGUGUCUGCGACAGCCUGCCUAUAAGGAGACAUGAGGUCGGGAAUGAGCAAAACGGUAGUGUAGAGAGGAGACGGAGAAGGGGGAGGGGGAACAGUCGCGGUGACUGUGAUUAUUUUUUAUGUACGCGCCUGGUGCGUAUGCUUGCGCGUGUCAGUCGUGUAACUCAAUCAUGUUGUAGCUCGUAAACUGAGGAGACUAUCAGCACCAAGCAUUUAUGUUUAAGACGUUCAGCACUUCGCUCGUGCUGACUGAAGGAGAGACGAGCGUUUCAGUCGCAGUCCGUCCAGUUUGAAGGCACUUUCAUAGGGACGGGGCGCUCAAAGCCAGAAGUGAUGUGAUAUUUCUUUCUCAAAUUUGUGUCCUCAAACUGUGGAUAAUAAGCUGGACAAGAACCUCAAACCCAUUUUAGGAGGAUGCGGUACCUGGUUGGCAUUCUGGAGGAGCACUGUCUAGGUAAUUAACAGGGAGGUGAAGGACGCACGCUUAGCCAUGAGGGGGCUGGAGAAACGGAGGGAGAAGUCUUCGCCCGUCGUCAUUCCGAGCGCGAGGCAGCGGAGGAGAAGCUCUCUUGUGUGGCAGAGACGAGCCGCCACAGGCCUCUGAACGAGCAAAGACAGGAGGAGGAGGAGAGGAAAAAGAAAGAGAGAGAGAGAGGGAAGGAGGGAGGGAGGGAGGGAGAGAACGAAAGACAGAAAUAAAGAAGCCCUUAAGCAAUCUUGGACUCCAAUGGACAGCUGGACCCACCCGGGCUUGGGAGCCAUGUCCGAACUGCUGUCUCCUGGACGCUCCCAGCACAUGAUCCUCUACUAGAACACACCCUACCCCCCCUUCAACCCCCCCCCCUCGUAUAGAACAUCCCCCCUCCCUCAUUCUCCCCUUCCCCCGUGAGGCCAAGUGCUGAGGGGAACGAGAGCGAGAGCGAGAUAAAAAAGCAAGCGAGUGUGCGAGAGAGACCCAUGCAGGCGCGAAAGAAGUAUGUGCUGCUGGCCCUGUGUGCAUGCUGCUGGCUGCUGCUCUUCUACUGGGGCGGGGUGCAGUCACGCCUGCUGCGCCUGCUGAGCCACCAGCGGGGCGAGGACCCCCCCAGGCCCUGGCCUGAGUGGGUGGACCGGGCCCUGCUGCCGGGCUACGCGGGCCUGGAGGAGCUCCAGACGCCCGCCGGACCCGGGGACUCUCCCCGGCAGCGCCGGCAGACCUGGGCCAGCAUCUACCGGGACAGCCGCUGCCGCAUGGACACCUGUUUCGACUUCACGCGCUGCCAGAACGCGCGAGACGGCUUCCGCGUGUACGUGUACCCGCCCGAGCGCGGCGAGCGUGUGUCCGAGAGCUACCGCAAGAUCCUGGCGUCGGUGACCGAGUCGCGCUACUACACGGCGGACCCGCGCGAGGCAUGUCUGUUCGUGCUGGGCAUCGACACGCUGGACCGCGACCAGCUCUCCUCGCAGUUCGUGCCCAACGUGGACGAGCGCAUCCGCGGCUACCCGCUGUGGAACGACGGGCGCAACCACCUGGUCUUCAACCUGUACUCGGGCACGUGGCCCAACUACACGGAGGACCUGGGCUUCCGCGUGGGCCAGGCCAUUCUAGCCAAGGCUAGCCUGAACUCAGAACACUUCCGGCCAGGCUUCGAUGUCUCUAUCCCGCUCUUCUCGCGAGACCACCCGCAGAAGGGCGGCGAGCGCGGAUGGCUGCUCAGGAACUCGGUGCCGCCGCGCAGGAAGUACCUGCUCAUGUUCAAGGGCAAGCGCUACCUCACGGGCAUCGGCUCGGACACCCGCAACGCGCUCCACCACAUCCACAACGGCAAGGACAUCGUCUCACUCACCACCUGUCGCCACGGCAAGGACUGGGAGAAGCACAAAGACGCUCGCUGCGACCAUGACAACCAAGAGUAUGAGAGGUUUGACUACCAGGAGCUGCUCCACAACUCCACGUUCUGUCUGGUUCCUCGAGGCCGGCGGCUGGGAUCAUUUCGCUUCCUGGAGUCUCUGCAGGCUGCGUGUAUUCCAGUGCUGCUCAGUAAUGGAUGGGAACUGCCCUUCUCCGAGGUCAUCCAGUGGAAUCAGGCGGUCAUUGAGGGAGAUGAGAGGCUGUUGCUACAGGUGCCCUCCACGGUGCGGGCGGUGGUCAUUGAGCGGGUCCUGGCCAUGAGGCAGCGCACACAGAUGCUGUGGGAGGCCUACUUCUCCACCGUUGACAAAAUUGUGCUUACCACCCUGGAGAUCAUCAAGGACCGCGUGUUCUCCCACAUCUCCAGGAAUAAGUUAAUGUGGAACUCUUUGCCUGGAGGCCUGCUGGUUCUGCCGGAGUACUCGACCCACCUGGCCCACUACCCCUUCUACUACCUGAACCUAGGGCUCAGUCCUGGUCAGGAGUUCACCGCUGUCAUCCACGCCACCUCCCCGCUGGUCUCUCAGUCCCAGCCCAUCAUGAAGCUGCUGCAGGUGGUGUCCAGAUCCAAAUACUGCUCUCAGAUAAUCAUUAUAUGGAACAGUGAGAAGCCGCCUCCACAUCGAAGCAAAUGGCCUCCCAUGCCUGUGCCCCUCAUCGUCACAGACGGCAGAAAGAAGACGACUAGCCGCUUCCUGCCACAGGCUGCCAUAGAGACAGAGGCGGUGCUUAGUCUGGAUGAGGAUACGGUGCUGCUCACGAGCGAGGUUAACUUCGCUUUCCAUGUCUGGCGCAGUUUCCCAGAGAGGAUUGUGGGAUACCCUCCCAGGAGCCACUUCUGGGAUCCGGUGAAGCAGAUUUGGGGCUACACCUCCAAAUGGACCAAUGAGUACUCCAUCGUCCUGACGGGAGCUGCCUUCUAUCACAGGUAUUACAAUCACCUGUUCUCCCAUUACCUGCCUCACUCGCUUCGAGCGCUCGUCGACCGCACCUCCAACUGCGAGGACAUCCUCAUGAACUUCCUGGUCUCAUCUGUCACUCACCUUCCGCCCAUUAAAGUGGCCCAGAGGAAGCAGUACAAAGAGCUGCCAAGUCCGCAGGGGACGAAGAUGGCCCCGUGGGCAAACCCAGAGCACUUUACCCAGAGACAGGAGUGCGUGAACACGUUCGCCAGCUGGUUCGGCUACAUGCCUCUGGUGCACUCGCAGUUCCGCCUGGACCCCGUGCUUUUCAAGGACCACGUGUCCGUCCUGCGCAAGAAGUACAAAGACCUGGAACGUGCCUGAGAUGGACGACUAGACUGACUGAUUGAAGGACAGACAGACAGUAAAGACAGACAGACUGGUGGGUGGGCAGACAGGUAAGAGACGAGAGAAGCCCGAGGUACAGAAAAGUGCAGGUGGAGGAGAAAAGUCCCCCUCCGCUGGAUCGGGACCAAUCAGGGGACCAGAACUGCCUUUGGUGGAGGGACCACCCCCACAGGAGUCUGUGAAGGCACAGGAUUGGAGGAGAGGAGAGGGGGCGGGGUCACCCUCUUUCUCUUUCGUGCAGUGCAUUGGUUCUCUACGCUUGACAGACAGAACUGAGGGCGGGGGAAUCGUGCCGGGCUGUGAAUGCCCUUAUCAAUCCUGCUGCUGCUGCUUUGAACUGAAGAAGAAGAAAAAAACAAUGGUGCGAGUUUUUCCACACAGACACCAUAUGGACUGGUGCAACAAACUCAAAAGAAUGAGGGAGAUGAAAGUGGAUCCGUAAAGCCGAUUUCACCUGAGGUGGUUGUAACUGCAAAGACCAAUAAAACAUUUCCUAAGUGCAUCUUUGUCAUCUCA